AUGUGGUCAUGGUCGUGUCUGCGGCCAGCCUUGGCCCAGAAUGCUCCCGCUUCUUUGUCUCCGGCAUCUCGCAUCAUUGCGCGCCUUCUCGAAUGCAGCCAAACUCCAGUUAUUCGCAUCGGCACCGUCAUAAGCUCCCGUCAAUCAUGGCAUAGCACUUUCCACAAAGAACAACGUCCCGGCUCCCUCUCUCUGGCUCUUACAACUCCCAAACUUCAGUCCUUGCAACUCGUCCGCCAUGCAUCGGUUACCUCGUCUAUUCCGCCUCAGCCACCGUCCAAGAGCUCCUCGGCUACAUACUCUACCAAUACUACCGCUACUCUCCCACCUACUAUCCCUUACAAGCAGCUCACAAUCGGCGUCCCACGCGAAACUUACCCCAAUGAACGCCGUGUGGCCUUGACUCCCCAAAACGUCGUUCUUUUGCUCAAGAAAGGGUUUGGAAAGGUUCUUGUCGAAAAGGGAGCCGGUGCCGAAGCCGAGUUCCACGAUUCUGCCUACGCAACAGCUGGUGCAACACUUGUUGAUUCCGCUUCUGAAGUAUGGAGCAACGCCGAUAUCGUACUCAAAGUUCGCGGUCCCAGUGUCGCCGAAGCGGAACUGCUCAAAAAAGGUCAAACUAUCAUUAGCUUCCUUCAGCCUGCUCAAAACAAACCACUUGUGGAAAAGCUUGCCUCUCGGAACGCGACGGUUUUUGCCAUGGACAUGAUCCCUCGCAUCUCUAGGGCACAGGUCUUUGAUGCGCUGAGCAGCAUGGCCAACAUCGCCGGUUACAAAGCAGUGCUGGAAGCCUCAAAUGUCUUUGGUCGAUUUCUCACAGGUCAGGUUACAGCUGCUGGAAAGAUCCCGCCUUGCAAAGUCUUGGUUAUUGGUGCCGGUGUCGCUGGUUUGAGCGCCAUUGCCACGGCUAGAAGAAUGGGAGCUAUUGUCCGUGGUUUCGAUACCCGCCCCGCCGCUCGUGAACAGGUCCAGUCUCUCGGCGCCGAGUUCAUCGAGGUCGAACUUCAGGAGGACGGGUCUGGUGCUGGAGGCUACGCCAAGGAAAUGUCGCCAGAGUUUAUCGCGGCCGAAAUGAAAUUGUUCACGGAGCAAGCUCAGGAGGUUGACAUCAUCAUAACCACCGCCUUGAUUCCCGGAAAGCCUGCUCCUAAGCUCAUCACUAAAUCCAUGGUUGAGAUCAUGAAGCCCGGUUCCGUUGUUGUUGAUCUGGCGGCCGAGGCUGGCGGAAACUGUGAAGUGACCCAGCCUGGAAAGCUCAUCAACCACAAGGAUGUCAAAGUUAUUGGAUACACCGAUCUCCCGUCUCGUCUUCCCACGCAGUCGUCCACCUUGUACUCGAACAAUAUUACAAAAUUCCUCCUUUCCAUGGCUCCUAAAGACAAGGAAUACGGCAUUGACCUUCAGGACGAGGUAGUUCGGGGUGCUAUCGUCACCGACAAAGGGAAGAUCCUCCCGCCAGCGCCUCGGCCAGCACCGCCUCCCGCACCUGCAUCGACCCCGACCGCAGCCAAGGAAGCUGAAGUUGUAGCCCUCACCCCAUUUCAGAAGACUUCGCGAGAGGUAGGCCUUGUCACGGGUGGUAUGGGCGCUGCCCUUGCCUUGGGAAAACUUACUGGACCGUUGUUCAUGGGCAACGCCUUUACCUUCGCUUUGGCCUCGCUCAUCGGUUACCGUGUUGUAUGGGGAGUUCAACCUGCUCUUCAUUCUCCGUUAAUGUCAGUCACCAAUGCUAUCUCAGGCAUGGUGGGAGUCGGUGGUCUCUUCAUCUUGGGUGGAGGCUACCUCCCCGAGACCAUUCCUCAGGCUUUUGGUGCUGCUUCUGUUCUUCUCGCAUUUGUCAACAUUUCUGGCGGUUUUGUCAUUACCAAACGAAUGCUCGACAUGUUCCGUCGUGCCACUGACCCUCCGGAAUAUCCAUGGCUUUAUGCUGUUCCUGCCGCAUUGUUUGGUGGUGGCUUCAUUGCUGCUGCGGCUUCAGGUGCAGCCGGAUUAGUUCAAGCCGGUUACAUGGUUAGCUCUGUGCUUUGUAUCACUUCGCUUUCAUCUCUGGCAUCUCAAUCAACUGCACGUCUGGGAAAUACGCUUGGUAUGCUGGGCGUGGGGUCUGGAGUCCUCGCCUCGCUGCUGGCCGCAGGUUUCCCACCCGAGGUUCUUGUACAGUUCGGCGGUCUGGCUGCCAUUGGUGGUAUUUUGGGUUUGCUUAUUGGGAAGCGCAUCACGCCCACCGACCUCCCACAGACUGUGGCGGCCCUGCACUCAGUGGUUGGCUUAGCGGCUGUGCUCACCAGUAUCGGAAGUGUUAUGGCCGGUGUUGAUCAUAUCACGACUCUUCAUCUCGUCACCGCCUACCUCGGUGUGCUUAUUGGUGGUGUGACUUUCACAGGAUCAAUCGUGGCUUUUUUGAAGCUCGCCGGAAGAAUGUCCUCCAAGCCAACCAUUCUACCCGGCCGCCACUUGAUCAACUCUGGUCUCCUGGCCUCGAACGUUGCGACCAUGGGUGCCUUUGUCACACUGGCCCCUGGAUCUCCAGCAAUCGCUGCAGGCGCUCUGGCUGCCAACACUGUUCUCUCGUUCCUUAAGGGCUAUACCACAACCGCGGCCAUCGGUGGUGCUGACAUGCCCGUGGUUAUUACAGUCUUGAACGCUUACAGCGGCUUUGCUCUCGUUGCCGAAGGCUUCAUGUUGGAUAACCCACUACUGACGACAGUUGGUGCACUCAUAGGUGUAUCAGGUUCCAUCCUCUCAUACAUCAUGUGUGUGGCCAUGAAUCGUUCACUCACCAAUGUCCUCUUUGGUGGAAUAUCUGCCCCAACAACAACAGAGUACAAGAUAGAGGGAUCCGUAACUCAGACCAAUGUCGAAGACACAGCCGAAGCCCUGACCAACGCAGAGUCCGUCAUCAUUGUUGUCGGGUACGGCAUGGCUGUAGCCAAGGCACAGUACGCCAUCUCCGACAUUACCCAGAUGUUACGCUCCAAGGGCAUCAAAGUGCGCUUCGCCAUUCAUCCCGUGGCCGGUCGCAUGCCCGGUCAGUGCAAUGUUCUUCUCGCGGAAGCUAGCGUGCCGUAUGACAUCGUACUGGAGAUGGAUGAGAUCAACGAUGACUUUGGCGAGACAGACCUUACGCUUGUAAUCGGCGCGAACGACACAGUCAACCCGAUCGCCUUGGAGCCAGGUAGUCCUAUUGCUGGAAUGCCCGUUUUGCAUGCUUGGAAGAGUAAGCAGGUCGUGGUGAUGAAGAGGGGUUUGGCUAGUGGAUACGCUGACGUACCGAAUCCCAUGUUCUACAUGCCGGGGACGAAGAUGCUCUUCGGAGACGCAAGAGUCACCACAGAAGCCAUCAAAGCCGCGGUUGAGAGCCGUAUCAAAUAA